AUAAAUAAAACAAAAUGUCAUUUCUCUGUUGAAAUAUGCUAUUAUAAAAAUGGCAGAUUUUAUAAUAAACUGGCUUAGUGGAAAUUCUAUGAGUCUUGAAGAGGUACCUUAGGUACCUUAUUUUAAAAAGUUUCUUAUUUAAGAAAUAUGAAAGGAUUUUUUUACUGCAGAAGCAAAACUUCAUUUUAAAAAAGAUUUAAUAAUCAACGUCAUGCAUUUGGUGGGGGACUGAGUUAAAUUCACCAAGGAUAAGUAAAGAGAAUUAGGAAUCUGGCAGUAUGUUUUCAGAGCUGUAUGAAAUAGGAUGGCAACUUGAAAAUUGAUGUAUAUGCUGCAUUUUCAACAAAUAAGAAAAAAACUUAUCUUUAAAUGGGAAGUGAGGUUUCUGAAUUUAAAAGGCUGAUUAUUUUUCACUUAAAAUUUUUUUGUUCUUCAUAUUUGUUCCCAUUUCAAAUAGUUGAUAUUUAUCUUCCAUUAUGUUUUCUGUCCCAAAACACACUAUCUCCUUUUUUAAAGCUACAUACUAAGAUAUGCAUUACAAAUGUAUACCAAUAAAAGAAAUGGCAUACUUCUCAGUAGGGCGGCAUUUGUUUAUCUGGAUGAGCUAUAGCUACAGAUUAGAUCCUUAAGGGGACAAAUUAUUUGCUACUCAAAGUUUCCAUUCUCAAAGAAUCAGCUGUACUAUCGUAUUGGCAAAAUCCUGAUACACUGUGUGGGAAAGCUAGUGCCAGCUGGGUAGACUGGCAUCUGUCCUGGUAAUGGAGGGAUCUCUUAUUUGGUUAAGCCAGGACCCUGAACUGUGUUCUCCCUAACUUGGAUUUACAUCUAAUUUUGGGGGGACACAUCUAUUAUAUGAAUUAAAUGCUGCUUCAUAGGGUUGAAUGCACUUCAGUUGACUUUUCAUAUGUGGUUUAUAAUUUCUUAUGUGUUCGGAGUAAAAUGAUAUUAAUGACAAUGCAGGAAAAUUUGGGAAGUCACCAUCUCUGUGCAUCUUUUUUAGUUGAAUGCAUAUUUGUAAAUAAUAAGAGCAGUAUAAAAUAAAAUCAUGAGUUUACAAACUAAUCACUAUAAAUAAAACAAAUUAUCAUUACUCUAUUGAAAUAUGCUAUAAUAAAAAUGGUGGAUUUGAUAAUAAACUGGCUUAGUGGAAAUUCUGUGACCCUUAGAGGUACCUUAGUUACCUUAUUUUAAAAAGUUUCUUAUUUAAAAAAUAUGAAAAGAUUUUUUACGUCAGAAGCAAAAGUUCGUUUUGAAAAAGCUUUAAUAAUCAACAUCAUGCAUUUGGUGGGGGACUGAGUUAAAAUUCAGCAGAGAUAAGUAAAGAGAAUUAGGAAUCUGGCAGUGUUUUUUAAGAGCUGUAUGAAAUAGGAUGGCAAGUUGAAAAUUGAUGUAUGUGCUGCAUUUUCAGUAAACAAGUAAAAAACCUAUCUUUAAAUAGGAAGUAAUGUUUCUGAAUUUAAAAGGGUGAUUAUUUUUCACUUAAAAUUUUUUUUGUUCUUCAUAUUUGUUCCCAUUUCAAAUAGUUGAUAUUUAUCUUCAAUUAUGUUUUCUCCUCCCAAAACAUACUGUCUUUUUUAAUAGUACAUACUAAGGUACAAAUUACAAAUGAAUACUAAUAAAAGAAAUGACACAUUUCUCAAGGGCAAUAUUUGUUUGUCAUGAUUAGCUAUAUCUAUUGAUUAGAUCCUAAAGGGGACAUAUCAUUUGCUACUUGAAGUUUGCAUUCCCAAAGAAUCAGCUGUACUAUCAUAUUGGCAAAAUCCUGAUACAGUGUGUGGGAAAGCUAGUGCCAGCUGGGUGGGCUGCAAGCUGUCCUGGUCAUGGAGGGAUCUCUUAUUUGGUAAGUUUCCUCAGGAGCCUUAAAUGUAUUCUCCCCAACUUUGAUUUAGAUCUAAUUUUGGGGGAACACGUCUAUUAUAUAAAUUAAAUACUGCUUCAAAGCGUUGAAUCCACUUCAGUUGACUUUUCAUAUGUAGUUUAUAAUUUCUUAUUUGUUUUGAAUAAAAUGAUAGUAAUCACAAUGCAGGUAAAUGUGGAAAGACACCAUCUCUGUGCAUCUUUUUUAGUUUAAUGCAUAUUUCUAAACAAAAAAAUACCAAAUAAUAUGAGUUUCAAAACUAUACAAUCACUAUAAAUAAAACAAAUUAUCAUUACUGUGUUGAAAUAUGCUAUAAUAAAAGUGGUGGAUUUGAUAAUAAACUGGCGUAGUGGAAAUUCUAUGACUCUUGGAUAGGUAUAUCUUAGGUGCCUUAUUUAAAAAGUUCAUUACUUAAAAAGUAUGAAAGGAUUUUUUACUUCAGAAGCAAAAGUUCAUUUCAAAAAAGGUUUAAUCAACGUCAUGCAAUUGGUGGGGGACUGAGUUAAAAUUCAGCAAGGAUAAGUUAAUAGUAUUGGGAAUCUGUCAGUAUUUUUUAAGAGCUGUAUGAAAUAAUAUGGCAACUUGAAAAUUGGUGUAUAUGCUGCAUUUUCCACAAAUAAGAAAAAAACCUAUCUUUAAGAAGUCAGGUGUCUGAAUUUGAAAGACUGAUUAAUUUUCACUUAAAAUGUUUUUUUGUUCUUCAUAUUUGUUCCCAUUUCAAAUAGUGGAUAUUUAUUUUCAAUUAUGUUUUCUCUUCCCAAAACAUACUUUUUAAAUAGUACAUACUAAGAUACACAUUACAAAUGCAUACCAAUAAAAGAAAUGAAACAUUUCUCAAUGGGGCAACAUUUGUUUAUCAUGAUGAGCUAUAGCAAUAGAUUAGAUCCUAAAGGGAGCAAAUUAUUUGCUACUUAAUGUUUGUAUUCUCAAAGAUUCAGCUGUACUAUCUUAUAGGGAAAAUCCUGAUACAGUGUGUGCGAAAGCUAGUACCAGCUGGGUGGGCUGUCAUCUGUCCUGGUCAUGGAGGGAUCUCUUAUUUGCCAGAUCAAGUCAAAUUCAUGUUCUCAAGUAUGUCCAAGGAAAUUAAGAACUGGUGCAUGAGAAAGAUAGGAAAACAAUUCCAAACCCUAGCAGUAUCAAAAGCAAGUUUAUAAUACAGCUUGCUGAUGACCGUAUGGCACUGGUGUCGGGCAUCAGCUUAGAUCCAGAAGCAGCAAUUGGUGUGACAAAACGGUCCCCUCCUAAAUGGGUAGAUGGAGUGGAUGAAAUACAGUAUGAUGUUGGCCGGAUUAAACAGAAGAUGAAAGAAUUAGCCAGCCUUCACGACAAGCAUUUAAACAGACCCACCCUGGAUGACAGCAGUGAGGAGGAGCACGCCAUUGAAAUAACCACACAGGAGAUCACACAGCUCUUCCACAGAUGCCAGCGAGCCGUGCAGGCCCUGCCCAGUCGGGCCCGCAGGGCCUGCUCCGAUCAGGAGGAGAGGCUGCUUCGGAACGUGGUGGCCUCCCUGGCCCAGGUGCUGCAGGAGCUGUCCACCAGCUUCCGGCACGCGCAGUCGGACUACCUCAAACGCAUGAAGAAUCGAGAGGAAAGAUCCCAGCAUUUUUUUGAUACAUCAGUACCACUAAUGGAUGAUGGAGACGAUAAUACUCUUUACGAUCGGGGUUUCACAGACGACCAGUCAGUGCUUGUGGAGCAGAGCACACUGAUGGUGGAGGAGAGGGAGCGAGAGGUCCGCCAGAUCGUGCAGUCCAUUUCUGACUUGAAUGAAAUAUUUAGGGACUUAGGAGCGAUGAUUGUAGAACAGGGUACAGUCCUUGAUAGGAUUGACUAUAAUGUUGAACAGUCCUGUAUCAAAACCGAAGAUGGCUUGAAACAGCUUCACAAGGCAGAACAGUAUCAAAAGAAGAAUCGGAAGAUGCUUGUGAUUUUAAUAUUAUUUGUCAUCAUCAUUGUUCUCAUUGUUAUCCUCGUCGGUGUGAAGUCUCGCUAAGUGGCAUUAGGUUCUUGUGUGUGCCGCACGUAUGGGUGUCCCAGAGGUGAGAGGUUCAGCCUGCACCCCGCCAGCUGCCUGCUGACUGUAGCCACGAGGGACCCUCAGGCAUCCGCGCGGAGGACCUUUCCAUGGACCCGUCUUCACAGUCCUGCUCAAGCAAGGGGAAUGGGCUUUAAUUUUUCCUUCGUUGUUGAGAAUGUAAGGACCUUUGGUACUGCUACAGAAUAGAGAUUGAGUUCUAUGAUCAGCUUUAAUAUAUAUUUUUUUUAGAAAGAGAAAAUGAAUUGAAAGUUUACAGGCACUGUAGAAGCUGUUUGGUAUUAUAUGUCUAUAUGCUAUUUUUUUAGCAGUCAUGUCUGAGCAGCAUGUUAAAAUGAUUUUUGGAAAAAUUUUUUUAAAACCAUCUGGUUUUUAAGAAAUUUGGUACCAAAAAUUUAUGAGUAGAGGCAAAAAUGCCUCUUCAUCUUUCUCUGUGUAUUUUCCAGUUGAAAACAAACUAAGAAGUCCUUUAAGAAUUUAUAAUCCGUUCCCCAUUAACUUAAUUUAGCUUUUCCAUCACUGUUAAUGAUCAGAGUAACAAAGUGUGAAAAAUAAGAAACCAUCAUUGAUGUUAAUUAACACAUUUAGAUGGGCCAGUUAAAACAGCUUCAUAAGUUUAAAUUAAUUGUAAGUGGAAUAUUCCUCAUUUAAAAUUUUUGCACUGCAUUUUCUACUGUAAACCAAAAGGGUUUACUAAGCAAAACCACCUAAAUUUAAAAGUUGGUGAUUUGAAUGAACCUCACAUUAAAGGAAGCUUGACAAUGUCAUGAAAGUCACCAGAUUCAGCCAGUGUGCCCCUGGGUGUCCCCAGCCAUCCUACUCAGCCCAUUACUUAUAUGCUAACUACAUAAUGACCUGUUCAAACCAGACUCCAUUUAAUGAACUGUGAAUUUACACAGAGGCCGUUUUAAAUGGGUCACCCCAUUUAGGAUUAGUGGAUCUCAAAUUAUUAACCAAACAUCACUCCAUUUCAAAGUAAAAUAUUCUGCCAUUGACUUGAUUUAUUGGCUCUUCCAUUGCUACUUAGCAAUGCCCAGAAAGCAAUGCCCAGAAAGUAGCCAUAUUCCCGAGGGUUGUGGAAAUCUUGACUAGGAAAUACCAUGUUUGUGUGAGUGCGGAUCAGCUCGCCAAAGUAGGACUUUUGUCAUUUUACCUGCCUAUUAUCAAAAUGGUGCUUGAAUAUAUUCCUGGAACUGUAAAGUAAUGUGGAAAGUGAUAACUUUAAAAACUGAAGUUGUUUGUGUUUUAUUGGCCUUGUUUUGACACCAGUAUAGUUUGAAUGGUCUUUGUGUAAUUUUUGAUAGAUUUUCCAUUGUUUUUGUUUCUCUUAAAAAGUUUAAGAAGAGCAUGACCUCAUUAAAUGUGUUACGUUUUAUAGUUGGACCAGUCACAUAAAAUGUUUCUCUAGAAUUGACUUUGAAGUUGUUUCUGGAAAUUUAAACUCAAGUCCAGAGAUUCAAGUUGUCCAAACAGAUCAUGGGCUUAACACUCAAACCCCUGCCCCAGCCUUCCCUUCCCAAGUUGAUGCCUCCAGGCAGCCACUGGUUUUCUUCUUACCGAUGUGGCUGUAGAAUGACAAUGACCUAAAGGUGUCAAUCCAGGAAAUAGCGUGGUAUUCCCUGACAAACAUCUAUUAGGAAAGAAGGUCAGAGAAUAAGAAUCCGGUGACUCCUCAGUCACUUCUGAAACGUGGGGCUUCGAUCCUGAGGUCACUGUGGGCAUUCUUUAGUCUCAGCAGGCUUUCACCAUGGGUAGCUAGGCCUGCUGCUUGGGAAUGGGGCUGUACACCUUGGGGGAAUUGCCUCAGAAACAGUCUGUAGGGGUAUUACUGGAUUCUUAUUAAAGCUUUUCAAAGUGCUGAGUCUUACCCUUGAAGGAAAGUGACCCUUUAAGAAAGGAUCGCCAUUUAUUUAUAUUUAUUUUCAUUGAAUAGGGUGAUUAGAGUUGGUUUUUGUCUCCCCCACCCCAUUUGGUUAGAAUGAUGGAUCUGAUUAGAAACUAUCUUAAGGAUCUCAUGUUGGGAUGGGUGAACUGUUUCAUUCUGACUGAAACCAGUGAGGUCCCAGCUUACGCUGUCUGCUGCCAUGACUGGUAUUCCAGGGUGGAAACAAACAGACACAGCCUAGAGCUGGCCCCAGAGCCUUUGUACUUACUUGUUGGGGUCCUCAAACCACUGUAUUUUUCUUUUGAGCCUGUACUUGGGGAAAGAUCAGUAGCAUUUGAGGAGGUAAGAAAAAUAAUCAUGUCCUGGUACCUCAGGGUUUCUUUUCCUCUGAACAAGGUGGACCCCUUCCCCUGCUGACAGCCAUUGUCCAUGGGCGUAUUGUGCUCUUCUGGUCCCUGUUGGGCUGUGGAGGUCACGAUUGCCCAGUCCAGUUUCUCCCUGGCCCAGGACAGGUGCACGCUGGGGAAGAGGCCCAUCUGGGAAGGGUCCUUCUGGACAUAUGCCCCCUUUAAAGUGUCCUGGGGUGGCUCUGCCUGAGCGGAGCUGGGUGGCGAAACAGAAACGUGUACCCUCUGUUCCCCAAAGCUCCUGAUCUUUCCUGAGAUUGUAACUGAAAAUUGCUGUCCUUGUUUGUUCAUUUUGGGGGUUGGUGGUGCUGGCUGGGCCAUGCCGUGUGGAGCAGUGUGUGUCUCUAAUUUAACAGAUUUACCGCUUUCUCUGCUAAUUGAGAGAGCAUUAUUUAUUUGUUUUGACACAAGUGCUUUCAGUGUUUUAUCCUAGCUAAUGGCUUCUUAAAGGUAAUAAAACCCCUUCUAACCUAAUUGGUCAGAUUAAGACUUUUUUUCUUGUAUGAUUAAAUAAAGCAAUUAGUGAAGCGCUUCUAUCUAAAAUGACUUUUUUUUGUCCAUUUUUAAAACUAAUUUACUGUUACUGGAAACUUUUUGUACAAUAAAGCAAUCAUACAGAUUAAAGAACA